AUGGCGACGUCCCAUAAGAAGAUCGUGGGGAAGUAUGAGUUGGGUCGCGUCCUCGCCUCCGGUUACUUCGACUGCCGCACACGUCUCUGUACGCACAUUGUGACAGGUGCGCAGUACGUUGUGCGCAUUUACGACAAGGGUGUCUUGUCUGAGGCGCAGUGGAUGUGGGACCGCACCCGUGACGCCAUUCACGUCAUGCGCACGCUGCCCAAGCACGAGAAUAUCAUUGAGACCAGUGAGUGCUUCGAGACGCAGUCGUCGCUGUAUAUUCUCAUGCAGUACUUCUCACCGACACACAUAACAAGACUGUACACCAGUGAGACAGCCUCUGGGCAGCCGGUGUCGAUCCCGCUUCAGAAAACAAAGCACUACUACGCUCAGGUGGUUCGUGGGUUGCUUCAUAUGCACAACCGCAAUGUUGUGCACCUCAGUAUUGCACCGGACCACGUGAUGGUGAAUGACCGAGACCAAGUGAAGAUCGGUUUUCUCGUCUCUUGUACGUACUUCCCAAAGGGAAAACUAUGUUGCGACGUGCGCGGCACCACGCAUACGGUGGCGCCCGAGGUGCUGCGCAACGAGAAGUACGAUCCGUACCUUGCCGAUGCGUGGUCAAUGGGGGUGCUGCUGUACUUCAUGCUUCACCACGGCCGUUACCCACACGAUGGCGCCAACACGACCAAGAACAUUCUAUAUCACCGCAUCCGGCCGCCCGAUCCCGGCCUCUCCCCCGACGCAAAGGAUCUUCUCAUGUGGCUUCUGCACCCCGUCCCAUCGCGGCGCAUGCGGGUGGAGCAGAUUCUGCUUCACCCCUUCUUUGCCAGCGGGCGCGUGGCAAUGGUAUCAACGGACACCGAGUACAGCGUCGACCCCGCCACCGGUGAAGACACGCUAAACAUUCGCAUCCCGUCGGGCCUCAGCCGGCGGGAAGAGGCGGCGUAUAUCAUUCAGCACACUUACCGCGCCUACCGCCGCCGAAAGCAGUUGCAUCAUAAUGCACUUGGGGCGUUCGCGAGAGCCACCGCGGCGCAGCGGCGCCAAAGCGGCAUGCCAAUGGCUCGUGCAUCAAAAUGUGCGCGGCGAUUCCUGCCAUCCUUUCCAGACACAGACGACGAAGUUUCGAGUACAGGGGAGAAUACACAUAACCAUCAGCAGCGGCCGCCCUCAGUGCAGCAACGCCUCUCCCGUGCGGCAGCAGCAGCAUCGACACCGCUUCGGAUGCCACGGUUCGAUGAUCCGAGCAAGAAUGACACGCCCGGUAGCGAGGCACUGUUAGACGACGACAGUCCUGUCGUGGCGCGCCUGAACGGCUCCUUCUCGACGGACAGUACUCCACUGGAUAGUCAGACGCCACCUCCCUCAAUGGCGCUCGAGCACCCAUUGGAUCGGAAAACCUCCCACUUCCCGACAUGUACGCCCAGUCAAGCGUCUAACAGUGGUUUGCCCCCUGCUGCAAGAAGAAGCAGUGAUGACAGCAGCAGUAGUACUGGUGCUACCGGUAGUGGCGGCGCCGCUGGUGAGGUGAAAGGCGCGACGGGCCGGCGCAAAACCCACUCUAUUGUGGUCCAUGCUGGCCGUGAGAAGCUUCCCGAGGAGCGGGAGUCCGCCGCCACAGCGGCUUUUCUGUCAAACAUCAAGGUGGAUGCGACACGGCCGUGCCCAGUGUGCAACCGAUUGCCGACACAACGACUGGGUGGGCGCGAGCCGUACGCUUGGACGCCUUUUGUGUACAAAAAAGGAGAAUUCUCUGAGAAGGAGGAGAGAAGCUCUGAUUUGUGA